UCCACAGGUUCUGGCUACCCUGGGAAGAGAGAAGAAAUGAAGGAAGACAGAGGAAGAAUCCAGGACCUAGAUACGAUUUCUGUGAAUACCCUCACUGGUAGUGACCGGAGUUUCUAACUAAAAAUUUAAGGCAGAUCCAGAGGAGACAAAGGCAGAGUAUCCCGGUGCUGGCCACUUCCCACAACAGAAGAAAAUGCUCAAUGCCCAGGAAUCACUGACGCUGGAGGAUGUUACUGUGGAGUUCACCUGGGAGGAGUGGCAGCUCCUGGACCCUUGUCAGAAGGACUUGUACCGGGAUGUGAUGUUGGAGAUCUACAGCAACCUGGUAUCAAUGGGUUUUCAAGUCAGCAAACCAGAUGCACUCUCCAAGUUGGAACGAGGCGAAGAACCAUGGACACUAGAAGAUGAAAGGCACAGUCGAAUCUGUCCAGAAAAUAACAAAGUUGGUCAACAUCUUCAGGAUCACUUGGAAAAUCAAAGGAUGCUGAAGAGUGUGGAACACCACCAUAAACAUAAUGCAUUUGGAAAUACUGCCUCUCAAACCAAAAGCCAUUGUCUUUUCAGGGAAAAUCAUGAUACAUUUGAGUUCUAUAUAAAAACUUUGAAAUCAAAUUUAAGUUUAGUCAAUCAGAACAAAAGCUGUGAAAUUAAGAACUCUAAUAAAUUUAAUGGAGAUGGGAAAUCAUUUCUUCAUGGUAAGUAUGAAGAACUUCAUUCUGCAGCUAAAUUCUCUGUAAGUACAAAAUCCAGUAGCACCAAAUCCCAAGUCAGUAAGCAUCAAAGAACUCAAGAAAUAGAGAAAACCCACAUAUGCAGUGAAUGUGGGAAAGCGUUUGUCAAGAAGUCUCAGCUCACUGAUCAUGAGAGAGUUCAUACUGGAGAAAAACCUUACGGAUGUACUUUGUGUGCAAAAGUGUUCUCCAGAAAGUCCAGGCUAAAUGAACAUCAAAGAAUUCAUAAAAGAGAGAAAUCUUUUAUAUGCAGUGAAUGUGGAAAAGUCUUCACCAUGAAGAGUCGUCUGAUUGAACAUCAGCGAACCCAUACUGGAGAGAAACCCUAUGUAUGCAAUGAAUGUGGAAAAGGCUUCCCAGGCAAGCGUAAUCUCAUUGUACAUCAGCGAAAUCAUACUGGAGAGAAAUCCUAUGUAUGUAGUGAAUGUGGAAAAGGCUUCACUGGGAAGAGCAUGCUUAUCAUACAUCAACGAACUCAUACAGGAGAGAAACCCUACAUUUGUAGUGAAUGUGGGAAAGGCUUUACCACAAAGCACUAUGUCAUCAUACAUCAGCGAAAUCAUACAGGAGAGAAACCGUAUAUAUGCAAUGAAUGUGGGAAGGGCUUCACCAUGAAGAGCCGUAUGAUUGAGCAUCAACGAACUCAUACAGGAGAGAAACCCUAUGUAUGCAACGAAUGUGGAAAAGCCUUUCCCAGGAAGAGUAAUCUCAUUGUACAUCAGAGAAAUCAUACAGUAGAGAAAUCAUAUCUAUGUAGUGAAUGUGGAAAAGGUUUUACUGUGAAAAGCAUGCUCAUAAUACAUCAGCGAACUCAUACUGGAGAGAAGCCCUACAUAUGCAGUGAAUGUGGGAAAGGCUUCCCCUUGAAGAGUCGGCUGAUUGUACAUCAGCGAACUCAUACUGGAGAGAAACCUUACAGGUGCAGUGAAUGUGGGAAAGGUUUCAUUGUGAAUAGUGGACUGAUGUUACAUCAGCGAACUCAUACUGGAGAGAAACCCUACAUAUGCAGUGAAUGUGGAAAAGGUUUUGCCUUUAAGAGCAAUCUUGUUGUACACCAGCGAACUCAUACUGGAGAGAAACCCUUUUUGUGCAGUGAAUGUGGAAAAGGCUUCACCAUGAAACGCUAUCUCAUUGUACAUCAGCAAAUUCAUGCAGGAGAGAAGUCUUGUAUAUGUAGUGAAUGUGGAAAAGGCUUUGCCAUGGAAACUGAGCUUGCUUUACAUAAGCAAGUUCAUACUGGAGAAAAACCUUAUGGAUGCAAUGAAUGUGGUAAAGGCUUUACUGUGAAGAGCCGUCUAAUUGUUCAUCAACGAACUCAUACAGGAGAGAAACCUUUUGUAUGCAGUGAAUGUAGAAAAGCCUUCUCCUCAAAGAGAAAUCUCAUUGUACAUCAGCGAACUCAUAAUGGAAACAAACCCUAACAAUGCAAUGGACAUGGUCAUGCCUUUGGGAAGCUAAUAUGUCUUGUACAACAUCAGAGAUUUCACAGUAUAGAUUUUCUUUAUGUGUACCACGUAUAAAAAAUCAUAUUUAAAAAUCCAGUGUUAUCUACUAGGAUGAAUGCUAUCAAUGUCAGAAAGCCUUCAACAUGAAUUCAGGCUCUGAAUUCUUUGAUGUACCAGUGUAUAUAAAAUAACUCAUCUGAGAGAGAUUCUGUGGAGACUUUCAUUUGUCAAUCUUCAUUAAAAUUAUAAAAACGUGCACAAGAGAAAUGUAUAAGGUAAAUAGUCCUUUUGCAGAGAACUGAACUGAUUACAUACAAGCAAACUCAUGCAGAGGGAAAACCAUGUUAGUAAUGUGAACGGAUUAAACAUCAGUGUGUUCCUAGCAUACAGUAUAUGUAGGCAGUGUAGAGCAGCCUGUUGCCAGAUUUUCUCCCUUGGAAGAUUAUGCAAUUUGCAGGAGUGAAUUUUCAUGACACAGAGAGUGCACUAGUGCCUUAAGUGAUUAAUUACCUCAUAUUGUAUGUCACAAUAAACGUAGGAAAUAAACUUGACAUAUCCAAUGCA